AACGAGUCAUGCUAUAUAAGGAUGUCGGAACAGAACAGCUCAUAGUACGUCGAUCGUAAGAGAACGCGCAGCCAAGAAGUCGAUGAUGACAUUCGCGAAAUCUUCAUUAAUCAGCUGCCUGUUGGGUAUUUUACUUUGGGAAAUUCAUGGACAAGGCAUAAUGGUUGAUCCCAUUAGCAGAAGCAGCGCCUGGCGCAAGGGAUUCCCCGUUGAAGUAAAUGUCAACGACCAUGAACUUUCCUGCGGAGGACCGACCAUUCAGUUCACGCAAAAUGAUGGAUUGUGUGGAAUAUGCGGUGACGAUUACGCUAUACCACGACCUAGACCAAAUGAAAACGGUGGACGUUAUGGAACCGGCGUGAUCGUCCAAAGGUACAGAGUAAACGACACUGUCAACGUAAAUGUGAAACUGAUUAGUAACGACCUGGGAAGCUUCUCGUUCAGUCUGUGCCCCUUGGAAGGACCGAAGGAUUUCGAGACCGAAAUGUGUUUCAAAAAAUAUCCGCUUCAAUUGGAGAACACAGAUAACGCCUUUUUGUUGCCAAAUUAUCAAAAGGAUUUCUACAUACGAGUUCAGCUGCCAUCGAAUUUGAUCUGCGAACAUUGUGUGUUUAGAUGGACUUAUGUAAUCGGAAACCACGCUACUCUAUGUUAUGGCAAUACAGUCAAAAUCGGAUGUGCACCUCAAAAGACAUUCAAAAAUUGCGCCGAUAUCGCGAUCUCUUCCUAAGAUCUGAUUACUCCUUCUGGUCGAUAACAUGUGUACCUUCGUUACGUAGAUUAAAUUAGAGAAUAACUGUUCAAUUAAUCGAGGAAGUUUUCUUCUUUCGUCUGGUCUAUAAGCACAUCUGAAAAUGUUUAAAAAAGAUUCGGCAAAAAUGUCAGGGGAGAUCAUUGCGAUAAUAGAGGUAAGAUCAGCUAGGAAUCGAAAUACACCUUCUAAUUAAAAUUAAUAAGAAUACACGUGUGCAGGAUUCGAUCAAUCACAGUGAAAUAGAAAACAAGAGAAUACUU